AUGAGCCGCCCAGAAGACCACCAGCCGCUGAAGAAUCCGCCCAAAGUGCCGCGACCUCCCAUCCCCAGUUCGAGCGUCUUACUCGUCUCCCCUUCCAACCAGAUCCUCCUCCUCCACCGCGUUAGAACGUCGUCCUCCUUCGCAUCCGCACACGUCUUCCCCGGCGGCGCCCUGUCCGCGGAGCAUGACGGAGAGAUACCCGCCGUGGACUCGUUGGCGCGACACGAAGACGGGAAAGCGUACAGGCUUGCGGCGAUACGAGAGACGUUUGAAGAGAGUGGGAUCCUCCUCGCGAAGAACAAGACGACGGGGCGGUUAUUCACCGAAAUCGGCGACCAGGAGCGGGAAGAGGGGAGAAAAGCCGUACACUCCGGCAAAAUCAUGUUCCUAGACUGGUUAGGAAAAGUCGGAGCAGUCGCUGAUACAGACGCCCUCAUCCCCCUAACCCGCUGGAUCACCCCCGCCAACGUCCCCAAACGCUUCACCACCCAAAUGUACCUCUACUUCCUCCCCCUCCCCACCUCGCCCUCCUCCUCCUCAUCCUCCCCCUUACCCCCCUCCUCCCCGGCCUCUCCCAUCUCAACAACCCUCGACCCCGACGAAAUCAUCAUCCCCACCCCCACCCCCGACGGCGGCAUCGAGCACACAGCCGCGCGCUUCCUGCCCGCUGCCAAAUGGCUCGCCCUCGCCCGCGCCGCGCGCAUCCUGCUCUUCCCGCCCCAAUUCUUCCUGCUGCACCUCCUCGCGCCCUACCUCGCGCGCAGCAGCACGUCGCCCACGUCGCCGCUGCCGCCGCCCGCCGCGCUGCAAGCCGAGCGCGACGCGCUCCUCAAGUUUCUAAACGAGCCGGCCGUGUACGACGGCGAGCGCGAGGCGAGCUGGGCGGACGCGGCCAUCAGCCCGCGGCCCGUAGUGGGGCUGCCCGGGUAUGGGGAUGUGGGGCAGGGCGCGACGGUGCUGGGGCUGGAGUGGGCGGGGCCGGAGGUGGAGCGCCAGGGCAAGGGCAGGAGGGGGGUGAAGGGGUGGGUGGUUGUGGCAAGAUUUGCGAGGGAAGGGCCGCGGGAGGUGGAGGUGGUGAGGCGAGAGGAGGUGGUGGUGGGGGGGAGGGGGGGAGGGGGGAAGUUGUAG